UUCCAUUGGAUCAACAACAACUGAUGGGUCAACUUUAACCAGUAGAUCACCCGGUUCCAUUGGAUCAACUACAACUGGUAGCUCAACCAGUUUCAAGAAAUCUACAACAAGCGGUAGUUCUAAAAAAACAACAGGGUCAACUACUGCUGGAAGUUUGGUUACAACUGAUGGAUCAGUAACACCUCAAGCAACAACUAGUCCUGGUGAUGCAGUUACUACAGCAGCCCCAAGAGUUGUGGGUUUUGCAGCAACCUUGGAAGUAACAUUUGUGGAAGAAUUUUUUAAUCCAAACAGUGCACAAUACAAACAACUGGAGACACAGGUUGUGACAGUGUGUGAUUUCAUCUACAGGAAUAAAUUUGGAUCUCUUUUCAUCCGCACAUAUAUCAUACGAUUCAGCCGUGUUGUGGCAAGGACACGUAUGGAUAAUGUUCAAGCAGAGGUGGGACUAGAAUUCAACAAAACAGUUUCAUCAGACCAAAUCCCAAAGGAUGAUCUUAUUAUAAAAACCUUAGUACAAGCUGUGAAUACACCAAACAACUUCAACCUUACGAUUGAUGCAAACUCCAUUCAAAUAACAAAAUCUCCAAAUGCAACAACAUCUUCACCAACUAAAGCUCCUGCAACUCCAGUUACAACAGCUAAGAUUCCUGCAACGACGGCUUCUGUAACAGGCGUCGGUACAACUGCUGAACAACUCACCAUACGGAGGCUGACCUUCAGAUCUGCUGGAGAGACAUUUAUGAAUGACUUGCUGAAUCCAUCUUCAUCGGCAUUUCAAAUUAGAGCUACAUUGAUAAAGCAAACGCUCGAACCCAUCUACCAAAAAGCAUUUACCUCUUUCCGCUCAUUGAAGGUGGUUUUGUUCAGCAAUGGAUCUAUCUACAACACUAUGGAUCUUCAAUUUGAAUCCUCAUCGGUUCCCAAUGGCAAUCAGAUUUCAGAUGUGUUGGUUGGUGCAGCUUCAAGCAUCACAGCCUUCAACAUCGAAAGUGCCUCAAUUUCUGUGAACGGCAUACAAGUUUCCCAUGGAGUAGAACACCGGAUAAGUGUCCUCACUGCAACCCUCCUUGUGCUGCUGUCAUGGCUCCUGUCAAGCUUACAUUAAGGCAGGGCUUAUAUCCCUGUGAAAUAUCAUUAUUAAAAUAUUUGUAUCUCUAAUGUAAAACAUUAUAACUUUUUCAUCAUAAAAUAAUGAAACAUGUGAGGGAUUUUAACUGCUGUAUGUCUUGGCAGGAACUAUCAUAUAUUCAUUUAAACUCAAUGCUACCUAAUUAAUGAACAGGUAGGAACAACUUUUUAACUGUAACGGCACACAGACAGAGGAGUACCAUUCAUGAUCUGUCAAAAUUAGGUUAUUAUUGUAUUUAACGCCGUACAAUUUAGACAAAUACCAUUUGAACCCUGUUAUGUCUUAGAGCCAAUACAUAGUCAUUUCAGUAUGUGCUCAAAUUAGUACCCUAAAAUAGAAUUAUAUUUACAUAAAGUAUAUAUUUUUAUUUCGAACAAAUUGCAUCUAUUUGGCAAAAAAUGUCCAAAACUAUUGUUGGCUUGUGAAUUCUUAGAAACAAGCCAGAAUUGUUAUUAUAGAAUACAUCAACAUUAUGAAGGAAUUGCAUCAAACAUGAUGUCUUUAACAACAUUUUAACAGCCGUUUUCUGUAACAUUAACUCAGAUUUAUGUUAAAGGUUGGAUACAUCCUUACUACUGUCAGAAAAAAAGACUUGUAUAACUUUCCAUCACUGUUAUUAUCUAUAUGUGCUUUUAUUAUCAUAUACAGUAUAUGUGUUAUGAGAGCUUAACAUCGUUUUUUUCCCUAAACUUUCAUUAAAUUGUUAUUAUUUAAACAAAAAUUGUAUUGUACUUAGCUCAAGUGGGUGAAGGGUGAUGAAUCAGAUAUUUUAAUAUAAGUUAUGUGGUUAAAGACAUUAAAGAUAUCAACAAAUUAUCAAA